AUGACCACCACCACCACCUUCAAGGGCGUCGACCCCAACNNCAGGAAUAGCUCCCGGGUUUUGCGGCCUCCAGGUGGUGGAUCCAAUUUUUCAUUAGGUUUUGAUGAACCAACAGAACAACCUGUGAGGCGGAAUAAAAUGGCCUCUAGCAUCUUUGGGACACCUGAGGAAAAUCCCCCUUCCUGGGCCAAGUCGGCAGGUGCCAAGUCUUGUGGUGGCCGGGAAGAUUCUGAGUCAUCUGGACCCCAGAGAAGGAACUCUUCUGAAGCAAACCCUGGAGACUUCUUAGAUCUGAAGGGAGAAGGUGAUGUUCAUGAAAACGUAGACACAGACUUGCAGGCCAGCCUGGGGCAGAGCGAGGAGAAGCCUGUGCCCGCUGCCCCUGUGCCCAGCCCAGUGGCACCGGCGCCCGUGCCAUCCCGGAGAAACCCCCCUGGUGGCAAGUCCAGCCUCGUCCUGGGUUAG